AUGGUGACGACGAAGAUUUUAUCAACUCCUCUCUCUCCGAGACUUACAUUUCUGUGUGAAAAACUGAGACUUUCGAAAUGUCGGAGUAAACGUUCGACGUUUUGUUCAUUGAGUGAAGAACCAAAAUACGAAAGUUUGAAUCGGAGAAGGCUUGUUUAUGUUUUGGUUUCAUCGCCAUGUUUGUUUCCGGUGUUAUCUUCAUCUGCAAAGACUAAAUCUAAGAGCCCUUAUGAUGAGAGAAGGUUACUAGAACAGAACAAGAGGAUACAGAGAGAGAAUAAUGCUCCUGAUGAAUUUCCUAAUUUUGUUAGAGAAGGUUUUGAGGUUAAGGUAGUAGCUUCAGAUAAUUACAUUAAGGCUGAUUCAGGCCUUAUAUAUCGGGAUUUCGAUGUUGGUCAAGGUGAUUGCCCGAAAGAUGGCCAGCAGGUGACUUUUCACUAUAUCGGAUACAAUGAGUCCGGUAGACGAAUAGAUAGUACUUACAUACAAGGCACUCCUGCUAGAAUCCGGAUGGGAACCAAUGCACUUGUUCCAGGAUUUGAAAUGGGAAUUCGUGACAUGAAGCCCGGUGGGAGAAGAAGGAUUAUUAUCCCUCCAGAAUUGGGACCUCCGGUGGGACCUUCGACCUUCUUCAGCUCAAAGCAAUUUGAAGUUUUCGACGUGGAGUUGCUAAGCAUCCAGAAUUGUGAGAGAAGGACAAUAGGGUUCUACUCAGAUGUCACAUGCAAUUGA